AUGGCGCCGUGCGGACGUGUCCGGAGCCGCUGCCCGGGCCCGGCGCUGCUGCUGCUGCUGCUGGCGGCUCGCUCGGCGGCGGGCGGCUCUCCUGUCGUGGGCCCCGCCGCGCCCGUGCCGGGGCAGGCGGCGGCGCUGGGUGCGGCGGCGCCGCGGGCUCCCCGCGUCGGCGGCGGCGGCUCGGGCGGCGGGUGGAAGCUGUCGGAGGAGGCGGUGUGCCGGGAGGACGUGGUGCGGCUCUGCUCCAAGCACAGCUGGGCCAACAACCUCGCCGUGCUCGAGUGCCUGCAGGACGUCCGCGAGCCAGACAAUGAAAUCUCUUCAGACUGCAACCAUCUCUUGUGGAACUACAAACUGAACCUGACAACAGAUCCUAAGUUUGAAUCCGUGGCCAGAGAAGUCUGCAAGUCCACUAUUGCAGAGAUCAAAGAAUGUGCAGAUGAACCAGUGGGGAAAGGUUUCUUGGUGUCCUGUUUGGUGGAUCACAGAGGGAACAUCACAGAGUACCAGUGCCAUCAGUACAUCACUAAAAUGACAGCCAUCAUCUUCAGCGACUACCGCUUGAUCUGCGGCUUCAUGGAUGACUGCAAGGCUGACAUCAACCUCCUCAAAUGUGGCAGCAUUCGACCUGGAGAAAAGGAUGCCCACUCGCAAGGAGAGGUGGUGGCAUGCCUGGAAAAAGGCCUGGUGAAAGAAGCAGAGGAGACAGAUCCUCGAAUUCAGGUGUCUGACCAGUGUAAGAAAGCAAUUCUUCGUGUGGCUGAGCUCUCUUCAGACGACUUCCACCUGGACAGGCAUCUCUACUUCGCCUGCCGGGACGACAGAGAGCGCUUCUGUGAAAACACUCAAGCUGGGGAAGGAAGAGUCUACAAGUGCCUCUUUAAUCACAAGUUUGAAGAAUCAAUGAGUGAAAAGUGCCGAGAUGCUCUGACAACCCGCCAGAAGCUGAUUGCCCAGGACUACAAAGUCAGCUACUCGCUGGCCAAGUCGUGCAAGAGCGACCUGAAGAAGUACCGCUGCAACGUGGAGAACCUGCCCCGCUCCCGCGAAGCCAGGCUCUCCUACCUCCUCAUGUGCCUCGAGUCUGCUGUGCACAGGGGUCGGCAGGUGAGCAGCGAGUGCCAAGGGGAGAUGCUGGACUACCGCCGCAUGCUGAUGGAGGACUUCUCCCUGAGCCCCGAGAUCAUCCUGAGCUGCCGCGGCGAGAUCGAGCACCACUGCUCCGGGCUGCACCGCAAGGGCCGCACCCUGCACUGCCUGAUGAAGGUGGUGCGGGGCGAGAAGGGCAACGUGGGCCUCAACUGUCAGCAGGCACUUCAAACCCUGAUCCAGGAGACAGACCCCGGUGCCGAUUACCGCAUCGACAGGGCGCUGAACGAGGCCUGCGAGUCGGUGAUCCAGACUGCCUGCAAGCACAUCCGCUCAGGGGACCCCAUGAUUCUGUCCUGCCUGAUGGAGCAUUUGUACACUGAGAAGAUGGUAGAGGACUGUGAGCACAGACUCCUGGAGCUCCAGUAUUUUAUAUCUCGGGAUUGGAAGCUGGACACUGUCCUGUACCGUAAGUGUCAGGGAGAUGCCUCCCGUCUCUGCCACACCCACGGCUGGAAUGAGACCAGCGAGCUGAUGCCCCCAGGGGCUGUUUUCUCCUGCUUAUACAGGCAUGCCUACCGAACAGAAGAGCAAGGAAGGAGGCUAUCUCGAGAGUGCAGAGCAGAGGUCCAGAGGAUCCUCCACCAGCGUGCCAUGGAUGUGAAGCUGGACCCAGCCCUUCAGGACAAGUGCAUGAUUGAUUUAGGGAAGUGGUGCAGUGAGAAAACAGAGACAGGACAGGAGCUGGAAUGCCUUCAGGACCAUCUUGAUGACCUGGUGUCUGAUUGCAGAGACAUAGUGGGAAACCUCACUGAGCUGGAGUCUGAGGACAUUCAGAUCGAAGCCUUGCUGAUGAGAGCCUGUGAGCCAAUUAUCCAGACCUUCUGUCAUGAGGUUGCAGAUAACCAGAUUGAUUCUGGGGACCUGAUGGAGUGUCUAAUACAGAACAAACACCAGAAGGAGAUGAAUGAGAAAUGUGCCAUUGGAGUUACUCAUUUCCAGCUGGUGCAGAUGAAAGACUUUCGCUUCUCCUACAAGUUUAAAAUGGCCUGCAAGGAGGAUGUGCUGAAACUCUGCCCCAACAUCAAAAAGAAGGUGGAUGUGGUGAUCUGCCUGAGCACGACGGUGCGCAACGACACCCUGCAGGACGCCAAGGAGCACAGGGUCUCGCUCAAGUGCCGCAAGCAGCUGCGCGUCGAGGAGCUGGAGAUGACUGAAGAUAUCAGGCUUGAACCAGAGCUGUAUGAGGCCUGUAAAAGUGACAUCAAGAACUACUGCCAAAAUGUGCCCUAUGGCAAUGCUCAGAUCAUUGAGUGCCUGAAGGAAAUCAAGAAGCAGCUGAGCACUCGCUGCCACCAGAAGGUGUUUAAACUGCAGGAGACAGAGAUGAUGGAUCCAGAACUGGACUACACACUCAUGAGAGUCUGCAAGCAGAUGAUCAAGAGGUUCUGUCCAGAAGCAGACUCCAAAAACAUGCUUCAGUGUCUGAAACAAAACAAGAACAGCGAAGUGAUGGAUCCCAAAUGCAAGCAGAUGAUCACCAAGCGCCAGAUCACGCAGAACACAGACUACCGCUUAAACCCAGUGCUCAGGAAGGCCUGCAAAGCAGACAUCCCAAAGUUCUGCCAGAACAUCCUCAACAGAGCCAAGGACGACACAGAAUUAGAAGGCCAAGUCAUCUCCUGCCUGAAGCUGAAAUAUGCAGACCAGCGUCUCUCCUCAGACUGCGAGGACCAAAUCAGAGUCAUCAUCCAGGAGUCAGCUCUUGAUUAUCGGCUGGACCCCCAGCUUCAGAUGCACUGCUCAGAAGAGAUUUCCAACUUGUGUGCAGAAGAAGCAGCAGCUCAGGAGCAGACUGGGCAGGUAGAAGAAUGCCUGAAAGUCAACCUGCUGAAAAUCAAAACUGAAAUGUGCAAAAAGGAAGUGCUCAACAUGCUGAAGGAAAGCAAAGCAGAUAUAUUUGUUGACCCAGUGCUGCACACAGCCUGUGCCCUAGACAUCAAACACCACUGUGCUGCCAUCCCACCGGGCAGAGGACGCCAAAUGUCCUGCUUGAUGGAGGCCCUGGAAGAUAAGCGAGUGAGGCUGCAGCCCGAGUGCAAGAAGCGCCUGAACGACCGCAUCGAGAUGUGGAGCUACGCUGCCAAGGUUGCUCCAGCAGAAGGCUUUUCUGACCUUGCCAUGCAAGUUAUGACCUCUCCAUCCAAGAACUACAUACUGUCUGUGAUCACAGUUGGCAUCUGUGUACUCUUCCUCAUCGGCCUGAUGUGUGGACGCAUCACCAAGAGGGUGACAAGAGAGCUUAAGGACAGGUAGAGCCUGGAUUUGCCUGCUGAAGAAAUGCCUGCCCAAUGCCCAGUUUUGUACAGCCUUCCUCUGUAUAGUCUACCCCCUCCCUAUCCCCCCCCCAACCUCUUGUGAGAGGAGAAUUCAAAACAAAAACAGACACACACACCCCCCCCCAAAAAAAAUAACCAAACAAACAACACCCAAGGGGAGAAAAAAAAAGGAAGAAAAAAAAGGAAGAGGGAAAAUAAAAAGGAAGGAAAAAAAAAAGGAAGAGAAAAAGAAAAGGAAGGAAAAAUAAGGAAGGGGGAAAAAAAGGAAGGAAAAUAAGAAAGAAAAAAAAAAAAGAGAUGAAAAAGGAAGGAAAAAUAAGGAAGGAGAAAAAAAAGGAAGAGAAAAAAGGAAGGAAAAAUAAGGAGGAAAAAAAAGGAAGAGAAAAAAAGGAAGGAAAAAUAAGGAAGAAAAAAAAGAAGAGAAAAAAAGGAAGGAAAAAUAAAGAAGAAAAAAAGAAGAGAAAAAAAGGAAGGAAAAAUAAGGAAGAAAAAAAAGGAAGAGAAAAAAAGGAAGGAAAAAUAAGGAAACAAAGGAAGAGAAAAAAAUGGAAGGAAAUAAAAGGAAGAAAAUGAAAAAGGAAGAAAAUAAAAAAGGAAGAGAAAAUAAAGGAAGGAAAAAUAAGGAAGGAAAAAAAAAGGAAGAGAAAAAAUUGGAAGAAGAAAAUGAAAAAGGAAGAAAAUAAAAAAGGAAGAGAAAAUAAAGGAAGGAAAAAUAAGGAAGAAAAAAAAAGGAAGAGAAAAAAUUGGAAGAAAAAAAGGAAGAAAAUAAAAAAGGAAGAAAAUAAAAAGGAAGGGAAAAAAGGAACUAAAAAAAAAGGUAGGGGGAAAAAAAAAGGAAGAAAAACAAAGAAAGAAGAAGAAUAAAAACCAAACUCCCCCCCCAAAAUAAUUAGAACAGCAGCAGGUGUUGGCUCAGUUUUCCCACUCUGGACCUCAUCCACAGCAUCUCUUCAUCCUCUGAACGGUUGUGUGCACCACUGGCAGCCCAGCCAGCAGCUUUUGUUAGCCCUUUGUUAGCAGACUCUUGUUUACCUGCCUGUAGCCAAGUCUGGCUGUACUGUUGGAGCUGCCUUCACUCUCCAGAGCAGACUUGACAGGAGGAGGACCUGCAGCUGUGGAGCAGUUCUUAAGGACUCUUUGGUUUGGUUUCUUUUUUGGUUCCCCCACCCCCUCCCUCUCUACGCACCCACCUGGAUGAUGUAGGUUAAAUGGUUUGCCCCCUCCUGAGAUCUAGGUGUCCUCUCUGGCUGCCUGAGAGGCAAUGAAAGGGUAAAUUGCAUCUUCACCACCACAGCUGGCCUUGGGUUUUGGCCAUCUUGCUCAUCUCCUGCAAGGCAUCUUCAAGAGCAUCUUUGGGCUUGGCACAACCCGAGGACGCCAACCGCUGGUGGCAUCGCCCUUCUGCUUUGCUGACUGGAUCCUUCUUUGCUCUUUGGAUUCAAAAGAUGUCCUCCUUUUCUUCUUCUUCUUCUUCUUCUGCCACAUGCAAGACAGAAUAAAGUGCUGGGCCAGGAUCA